GAGGAGGCCUGAGCCCCAAGGGUGGGCGUUGGGCAGCCAUGGCAGCUGCGGAGACAGCCCUGCCCUCGGGCUCGAUGGCCUCCCUGGCGCCCUUCCCGUACCCACAGGAAGACUUCCUCAAGUGGUGGCGUUCCCACGACGACGUGCAGGACUUGGGGCCCGGCCCCCCGGACGCCACUGGGCCGCCCCUGCAGCUGAAGCAGGAGCCGGAGGAGGUGCCCGGCGAGGGCUACAAUGACCAGAGGGAGGCGACCAGCAGCUGGGACCUGGACCUAUACCUCGGUCACUUCCCAGAGCCCACUGGGGGCCCCUCGACGUGCGCGCAGACAGCCGGCGAGGUCCCCGGGGUACAGUUCCCACCGCCCCCCGAGACUCCGGGCGCCUACCCGGGGGGCGGCCCGGAGCUGGUGGUGGGGCUCGUGGGUCUGGACGAGCACCCGGGCUGGGCCCGCCCGGCCCCUGACGCCUUUGGGAGCCCUGCCCUGGCCCCUGCCCCCGAACCCAAGGCGCUGGCGCUGCACCCCAUGUAUCCGGGGCCCGCGGCGGGCUCCUCGGGCAGCUACUAUCCGCGGGCCGGGCUGUCGGUGCCCGCCGCUCCGGGCGCCCCCUACGGGCUGAUGUCGGGGUACCCCGCGCUGUACCCCACGCCCCAGUAUCAAGGCCACUUCCAGCUCUUCCGAGGGCUGCGGGCGCCGGGCCCCGCCGCGCCCCCCUCUUUCCUGAGCUGCCUGGGGCCCGGGGCGGCGGCGGGGGGACUCGAGGGGACCGCGGGGGAGCCGGGGGAACCCGCGGAGGCGGCGCCGGUCAAGCGUAGCCGGCGCUCCUGGGCGCGCAAGAGGCAGGCGGAGCACACCUGCACGCACCCGGGCUGCAGCAAGAGCUACACCAAGAGCUCCCACCUGAAGGCGCACCUGCGCACCCACACAGGGGAGAAGCCUUAUGCCUGCACGUGGGACGGCUGCGGCUGGAGCUUUGCCCGCUCAGAUGAGCUGACCCGUCACUACCGGAAACACACCGGGCAGCGCCCCUUCCGCUGCCAGCUCUGCCCACGGGCCUUCUCCCGCUCUGACCACCUGGCCUUGCACAUGAAGCGUCACCUCUGAGCCCCUCCCGAGGAGCAGCUCCGCCGGGGAGCGGGGGUGUGGGCUCCCCCCAAAGUGGACCCUCACCCUGGUCUCAAGGUCUCCGCAGAUCCACCAGGAGAUCCAAGACACCGAGAAGAUCAAACCCAGGGACAGACGUAGGGAUGGGUGGAGGCGUUGAGACAGACGGACUCAGACAGACAUUUGGGGAACAGAGACAGCCUCCCCAACACAUACAGCUCUCUCAGGCAACCAUGGAUAUGGCGAAGGGUAAUGACCGAGGCUUCCAGCAGGGGGCGCUCCUGUGACUCCAUCUGGUGACUGAGAAUUGCAUUGAGUUCCAAUGCCCCUCCCAGGAUUCAAGCUAGACCUGGCCUGGGGCGUUGAGAGGAAGCCAUACCCCCAGAGAUGGUACUGGGGGGUUAUGCUCGUUCCCUCACACACUUAUCUAAAUCUCAGUGACCAAGAUUGGACCAUUGUUAGGAUGACCCCUGUCAACCCCCACCCACCGGGCGACAUCGUCCUCGUCUCCUGCUUGGAAGCCAGGGGACAAUUCAUUGGGACCCUCUUCCUCCAUUUAAGAGCCCUCGGCCUGAGGCCCCAGAGCCCCAGCACCCUCCAUCAGGCACCCCCUUGGACACUAGGGAGUGGGGCUUAGAGGGCAAAGUGCAGGACUUAUAGGCGAGUGUGAGGACGCAGGUUCGAUUCCCGGUGCCGCACAUGACAUAGAUUACUCCCUCUCCUUUUUUUUUCAUAAAAAAAAAUCUAAAAUGAAAAAUAAUAAAUCUUGCUGCCUGGGAGGUGGCAUAGUGGAGAAACUGUUGAUCUCAUCAUGGAGUCCCAAAUUCACCCCGCAGCCUCAAAUGUGCCAGAGGGGUGCCUUAGUUCUGACUCCUCUUUUAAUGUGUUAAAAUAAAGAGGGUCAGACAGUGGUGCACCAGGUUAAGCACACACAGCCCCAUGCACAAAGACCCGGGUUUGAACUCCCGCUCCCCAACCUGCAGGGGGGAUGCUUGAAGCAAGUCUGCAGGUGUUUAUCUUUCCCUCUCCCUCUUUCUCCCCCUUCUCUCUCAAUUUCUGUCCUGUCAAAUAAAAAAAAUAGAAAUAAAAAAGUAGUGCAGGUACCGAGCCCCAUCAAUAAUUCUGGUGGAAAUUAAAAAAAAAAGUCUCAAGAGUAUCUAAAAAAUAACAAAAUAAAUUGAAACAAAUAAAUUAAUUAAGGGCCGGGGAGGCAAUAAUGGUUAAGACUCUCAAGCCUGGGUUCCACCCCCGGGCAUCGCAGGUGCCAGAGGGAGGUUCUGCUUCUCUCUCUAUCUCCCCCUCCCUACUUUGUCUCUCAUUAAUGAAUGAGCAGAUCUUGGCUGGGGAGACAGCACAGUGGUUCUGCAAAAAGACUCUCCUGCGUGAAG